AAGCACAAAAAUUGAGCAAUUGACAUUUGGUCAGCUUUUCACUCUCUUCUCCCACAUCUCCUUGUUCUCUCUCACGAACGCACUUUGGAUUUUCUACAAACAAAAAAGUUGUACUCCCCAACACUCUGUUGAAAGCUUUUGCAAAGCUUGUUCUGAUUUUGACUCCAAAACUCGCACUUUCAGAUCGAUGUCCUCCGACCCACAAAGGAAAGGAUUGAAGAUUUGGAUAAGUUGCUUUUGUACUCUAAAAGGGUUGAGUAUAAGAUGUGAAGUGAAUUGUUAACAGUGAUACUUGGUAAAUGGGGAUCCAGACUAUGGGAUCUCAGGGUGGUGGAGAUAGUAAUGGAAAACUGUCACAAUUUCAGCCUCUGGUGCGGCAAAACUCAAUGUACAGUCUCACACUCGAUGAGGUUCAGAAUCAGUUAGGUGAUUUAGGGAAGCCACUUAGUAGCAUGAACCUUGAUGAGCUUCUAAAAAAUGUAUGGACCGUUGAGGCUAGCCAGUCCAUUGAUGUGGACAAUGACGGCACAGCACACACUAGUCAAGCUGCACUGCAGCGUCAGGCUAGUCUGUCAUUAACUGGUGCACUAAGCAAGAAGACUGUAGAUGAGGUUUGGAGAGAUAUCCAACAAAACAAAACCAAUGAGGAGAAGAAGUUCCGAGACAGACAACCUACUUUGGGAGAAAUGACAUUGGAGGACUUUUUGGUGAAAGCAGGUGUUAUUUCAGAAGCAUCAUCUAAUAGAAAGAAUAUUGGUACUAUAGCUGGGGUCAAUUCGAACAUCGCAGCACCACAGUUUCCUGCGCAAGGUCAGUGGAUACAGUAUCCACAAGCACAAUAUCAGCAUCCACAACAGAGUUUAAUGGGGAUAUACAUGCCUAGCCAGGGUUUGGCACAGCCAUUACACAUGGGUGCUGGUGCUUCGUUGGAUGUUUCAUUUGCUGAUAGUCAAGUGGCAUUGCCUUCACCUCUGAUGGGAGCGGUGUCAGAUGCACAGACACCUGGAAGAAAAAGAAGCACUCCGGAGGACAUGAUGGAGAAGACUGUUGAGAGGAGGCAGAAAAGGAUGAUCAAGAAUCGGGAAUCUGCUGCUCGUUCAAGGGCAAGGAAACAGGCUUACACAAAUGAACUGGAGAAUAAAGUUUCGCGUCUAGAAGAGGAAAAUGAAAGGCUGAGGAAACGAAAGGAGCUGGAGAAGAUGUUGCCAUGUGCACCACCUCCUGAACCAAAAUAUCAACUUCGCCGAAAUGCGUCAGCUCCAUUCUGAGAUCUGUACCUAGAUGUAGAGGUUUGUAGAUAUGAGUAUGAGGGAAUGCUCCUUGUGGCUUACUGUAGGUUGAAUGUGGUAUCUCAGCAAUUGCUAUGUGAUGCAUUUGCAUCCAAUGGCUUGCUUUUAAUUGUCAUUAGGUUCUUCAUAAUACAACUUUGAGGUUCUUUUUUUAAAAAUAUUUAUGGCAAAUGUUGUAGUUUUACCAUUCAAAAUAGUCUUUUUAAGCGCCUUAGGGAU